GUCUCUGAUUGGUCCUCUCUUGAUGACUCUUAAUUGAGCCCCCUCGUGCUCAGGUGACGCCUCUACGCGCGUGAAAGCAAACAGCAUCAACACUCCGGCGAUGUCUUGCAAACAGAGAAGUGAAAUAUCUUUCUUUUUAUUUGUAGUAACAGCUCAUUUGCUCACGUUUCGAGUCUGCCGUUCAGUAAGUUUAGGGCAGCGGCAGGAGGAGAAGGAGGGUCUCACCUCUCACCAGGUUCAGGACUCAAACGCUUCCAGGUGGGAGCGGAUUAAACACGACACCGACGUCCAGCAGGGAAACUGGCGCUUGGUUGAAAAAGUCAUCCGGGGCCCAUAUCUGAGCAAAUCCAACUGGCCGGGUCUCGCUGAACCUCGGCUUGAGUCUGUCGCCUCUCCUGGUGAUAGUGACAGCAAGUUGGCGCUCAACAGCCUGUUCUGGACCAGUGGUCACAUCAGCAGACAACCGGAGAGCUCCUCUCAAGACCCCGUGGAUGGAUAUCAAGCAGAUUCCACAGAUUUUGAUGGAGUCCAGGGCAAGGUGUUGGGACCAUCAUUUGACUCCAGCUCACAAUCCUCUGAGUGGCUGGCCAUGAGGCCUUUGGUGCAGUGUGAUGAUAACGUCAUGACCUUAACUACCUCAGGAGAAGCACUCGCACACCUGUUAGUGGACAGAGAGGGAGCCUCUCCCAUCUCCCUGUUCCACUUGCCUUCAUACUGUGGUUACACCGUGACGACGUCAAGGAGCGACCUGCAGAUGAUGGUGUCAUAUGAUGCCUGUUACAUCACACAGGAGAACGGCAGCUAUGUGCUGCCCAUGUUGUGGUGGGGCAGCCCACUGAAGCUCGCCUGUCCGGUGAAGAUGGCCACUCCUGCGCCGUCAUACUCCCCCUCAGUCUUCUGCUCCACCAUGGGCAUGGUGGUACAGAUCAAGGGUCAGGAGCAGGAUAUAGCGAUGCUGGGAGUCAUAGUGAACGGAGGUUGGCGUCCUUUUGUAUUUGAAGACUGUGCACACCGUGUCCCCUCUGAUCCUGGGGAGCUCACUUUUUUCAGCCCCACCAGUGCUCCUUGUAUCACUCAUCAAGAUGGUCUUCAUCUCCAGCUUGUGAUUGACGAUCACCAAUACAUCCUCUCCUGUCCAGCCAAUCCUCACUCUUCUCCUGGUGACCCCCAGUUUCCCUACAUCCCAGAUCCUGUUAUCUCUGCACCCACCUUCCCUCUCCCUCCUGAACCUCCAACCCAGGAGCAGAUUACUCAACUUCCCCACUACCCAUAUCCUGGAUUCCAGUACCCCCAGCUUCCACAGGUUUACCUUCCUGGCCCACAACCAGCACAUCCUCCCAGACCCACUCCUGGCAGUCCUCCUGGAUCGCAGCAGCAGCAGCAGCAGCAGCAGCAGCAGCAGCAGCAGCAGCAGCAGCAGCAGCUGCAGCAGCUUCCUUACCAUCCUCCUAUGGAGGAUGUGGUGACACAAGCUCCAUCCUUCCCAAAUCUUAGCCCAGAGCAUGAUACUUCUCCCUAUCUAGUUUCAAAAUUACCUGUUGGACCUUCUCAGUAUCAAUUUGGUGCCUAUUACCCAUUCUACUACCCUGCAGUGACUCCAGCUCCAAUCCCUGCUACUGAAACACCCACUACUACUGCUGCUCCUCCAGCCAAACAUCCAGCAAGUCCUUAUCAACCACAGUAUUAUCAGAUACCUUACCAUCCUGCACCCACAGCAGCACCAGUCACCCAAGCACCUGCUCCGCUCCCUCCCAGCCCACCAAAACAACAUGUAGCUCCACAGUACCCAGUUGGGCAAUUUUAUCCACCUGAUUCUUACUACCAUUAUGGACAUUUUCCCUACCCAAAACCUGAUCUUGAGCCCGCACCUGUCUCACACCCUACUGUCACCUCCCCUCCUACCCCCAACCCGAUGAUUCCCAAACACCCCAGCUACCCAUUCGACCAGUUUUACCCACAAGAACCCAUUUAUUUCCAGUCGCCCACAUUUUUGCCGUCAGCAAAACAGAACCCUCAAGCUAUUCCUCAAGAACUUCAGAAGCCAGCAGCUCCACAAUCCUCCUGCCCUCAUCACCCUCCAGACAUUUGUGGCUACUACCCUUAUCCAUAUUUUCCCUAUUACUAUCCUCUAUACCCACCACAUUGCCAUCCACCCUACCACCCCGCUGUGCCCCAGUAUCCACAGACUCCGCCACCUAUGACCAAAAAGCCUUUCAUCACCACUGGCCCGACUCCUGCAACUCCCACUACCGUGUUUAUCCCAACUGAGCCCACUAAACAGAACCCCCAUCUUCGGUGUCUGAAUGGGAGAAUGGUUGUCUUCCUGCCUUUUGCUCACAGAGACUCCAUCCAGGUCAGAGACCCAGACAACACAUGGCUGUUCCUCUCCAGUGUGUCUCCACUGUGUGGGUACCUGCUACAGAAGGCUGAGGACUCUGGAGUAAUCUUUCAAUCUCCUCUGCCUGCCUGCCACAGCGAGCCACGGACUCCCACAACUGUUUCUUUACCUCUGAGGUUUUGGGACCUUUCCAUAGCGCAGUAUAGGACUCUGGAUCUACAGUGCCCACAUCAAGCUACCCCUAUGACGCCUGCACCAGUUACCCCACCAGUGUUCCCAACCCCACCUUGGAGCACCAUGGGAAAGUCCAUCCUGCCUGAUGUCCCGAAGCCUAAAGUCCUUUGCUCCUCUGAUCAGAUGACGGUGGAGCUCCCCUCGGGUCCCAUCUCUGGAAUUUUUGUUAAAGACAUCAAAGGGAACCAGAUGAACCUCCAGGAUGCCCCGAAGCACUGUGGGUAUUCUGCAAGAAAAGGCAAAGAUGGCAAAAUCCAUUUGAGUCUCCAGUUACACUCAAACUGCCACAUGAGUGUGCAGGGUAAAAUGCACAUCAUCACUGUCGUCUACAUGGCGGUAAAUGGGAGACGGGAGGCUCGGUUAUUCUGUCCACUUCUCGUCCCAGGGUCUGGAAAAGAGUGCAACCUUCCCAGCGAACAGCGUCUCCCCUGCGGACCCGGCUCUGUAUCCCAGCCACAGUGCCUCUCCAUGGGCUGCUGCUUCAGCAAGCAACCUCCUGCCUGCUACUACCCAAUGGAUGAGUGCACUCUUGACCGCCACUUCGUCUUCUCCGUGCCCACCUCCCUCACGGAGCCCCCUCUUUCCCCUUCACUGCUUGUGGCUGCUGGUAACUCCACCUGCAAACCUCAGAGAGUGACGACUGACUACGCCUUUUUCAAGAUCCCAAUGGAUGGGUGUGGGACACGCCGAGUUAUGGUGGGGAAAGCGGUGAUCUACAUGGUGGAGAUUGUCAACAAGGUUCAGGCACUCAGCCUCAACUAUGGCACCAUAACAAGGGAUUCUCCUGUCAGGUUGUUGGUGGAGUGCAGGUAUCUGCCGAGCACUGUUCUGAGUGUGAGCUACAUGGUGAAAUCUCCCACCCUUGGACCUGUUCAUACCCAGGGGGUGUUUGGAGUCCAGCUCAGGAUUGCCAAAGACUCCCAGUACACCAGCUACUACCCUCAAUAUCACCAGCCCUUGCAGAUGCUGCUUGGGAAACCCCUCUACCUGGAAGUGCGGCUGCUCAACACCCCAGAUCCCAGUUUGGUGCUUCUGGUGCAUUACUGUGUGGCCUACCCUCGCUCUGGAAAAGCUGUGUGGCUGCUGCUUUACAAUGGAUGUCCCAACCCAUAUGACCCAGCCCCGCAGCAGGCUGUGGUGUUAAAUCCCCAGCCGCCCACUCCUCGGGCUCAAACCCGCCGUUUCACCAUCAGCACCUUCCAGUUCCUUCCUGAUGGCGAGUUCAAGGACCCGACCGAAGAGAUCUACUUCAUGUGUUCAACUGAGAUCUGCUCGCCGCGUGAUGGCCCGUGUGUCGAGGGAUGUUUCGGCCAGUGAUGUUACGACAUGGAAGAAGCUUGAAGUUGUCAGAGAUGAGAAUGAUCUGGCCUCAGACAUCACUCGUUCAACUGCCAAUAAAAGCUCUUACAGGAGACAGAGA